GCCGUGCAGCAGGCCCUGCUGCAUCUCCCGGGCUGAGGGAGACACUCGUUCCCUGUGUAGCGCUGUGACUCGCUUUCGGGAGCUGUGGGGAGAGCGGGGCGAGCUCAGAGUCCGCCAUGGAUGCAGUGACCUAUGAGGAUGUGCAUGUGAACUUCACUCAUGAAGAGUGGGCUUUGCUGGAUCCAUCUCAGAAGAGUCUCUACAAAGAUGUGAUGCUGGAAACCUACUGGAACCUCACUUCUAUAGGGUACAAAUGGGAAGACCACAAUACUGAAGAACAUUUUCAAAGUUCUGGAAGACCUGGAAGGUUUAUCAUCUGUCACUGUGGAUGCAAGCCAUGUGAGCAUAUGGGAUGUAGAAAGAAACAUGGUACUCCUGUCUCUCUCAGAACAAAUAAAAGAUGUGUAAUAGUUCCCUCCAUGAAAAGACAUGGUGACUGUGAAAUAAGCUUACAAGUAAUUGCUAUUCCAACUUCAGUGGGAAGAUAUCAACAAACUCAUAUUGAAGAAAAACCUUCUGAGUACAAGGAAUAUGAAAAUGUGUCUGUCUAUACUGGAUCACUUUGUACAGGUCAUGUGACUCACAUUAUAGGAAAAUGCUUUAAGUGCAAUCAGUGUGGUAAGACUGUGAGUCCUUCCAGUUCUCUUCAAAGGCAUUUAAAAACUCAUAUGGGAAGAGGAAAUAAUAAAUGUGAGCCAUCUCCUAAAGACUUCAGCUGUUACAAAUUUCUCCAAACACACAAAACAACCAAUACUGAAGAGGAUCUCUAUGAAUGUAAAACCUUUAUAUCUGAUUCCUCUUUAGAUGUACAUGAAAGAACUCAUUUGGAAAAAAAUCCCUGUGAAUAUGAUAACAGUGAUAAAACCUAUGAAUGUCAUAGUCUUCAGCAAGUACAUAGAACUCAUGUUAGAGAGAAAAGGUGUGGAUAUCAUUGCUGUGGUAGAGACUUCGCAUUGCCUCCUUAUCUUCAAAUACAUACAAAAAAUCAUCCUGGGGUGAAGCCCCAUGGAUGUAAUCAAUGUGGUAAAUCCUUUGCUCAUAAAAGUCAUCUUCUCAGUCAUGAAAGAACUCAUACUGGAGAGAAACCCUAUGGAUGUAAUAAGUGUGGUAAAGCAUUUGCACAUAAAAGUCAUCUUCACAGGCAUGAAAGAAGUCAUACUGGAGAGAAACCCCAUGAAUGUAAUCAAUGUGGUAAAGUUUUUGCACAAAAGAAUAAUCUUUACAAUCAUGAAAGAAGUCAUAGAGGAGAGAAACCCUAUGAAUGUAACCAAUGUGGAAAAGCCUUUGCACAGAAGAACAAUCUUCACAGUCAUGAAAGAAUACAUACUGGAGAGAAACCCUAUGAAUGUAAUCAAUGUGGUAAAGCUUUUGCAUGUAAUAGUGCUCUUUACAUGCAUAAAAGAAGGCAUACUGGUGAGAAACCCUUUGAAUGUAUUCAAUGCGGUAAAGCCUUUGUACAGAAGUACAAUCUUUACCGUCAUGAAAGAAGUCAUAGGGGAGAGAAACCCUAUAAAUGUAAUCAAUGUAGUAAAGUGUUUGCAGAUAAGUGUAAUCUUUAUAGACAUGAAAAAAGUCAUACUAGAUAGACAUCCUAUGAACAUUAAAGUAACAAAGUUUUUGCAUAUUGCAGUAGCAUUCAAAAUUAAAACAAAUUCACAGUCGUGAAAAUCCCCAUGAGGUAUAGCCUUGCAGUCCACAUACAUUUUUCCUAUCUAUCUCACCAGUGCAAAAUGCUAUUUUUGCUGUUGUCUUAGUUUGAGCUUUCAUUGCUGUGAAGAGACAUUAUGGGUACGCUAUUAUAAAGAAAACAUUCAAUUGAGAUAACUUUCAUAUAGUUUCAGAAGUUCAUUAUCUUUACGAUGGAGCGUGGUGGUGUGUAGGCACAUGUGGUACUGGAGUUGAGAGUGCUACAUCUUGUAGGCAACAGGAAGUCAACAGAAGUCAACACUUGAAUAACAGUGUCCUGAGCACAGGAAACUUCAAAGGCUACCCCUACAGUGACACAUUCCCUCCAACGAGGCAUAUCCACCCCAACAAAGCCACACUUCCUAAUAAUGGCACUCCCUAUGAGAGUAUGGGGGCCAAAAAUGCCAUAAUAACAUUACAAUUUGGUUAUACAGUCCAAAUAGACUUAUAAAGGUGACAAAUGCCUUUAUCUGCUCAAAUAUCGAACAAAAAAUCAUCUUCAGUUGACUUGUUUACAACACAUAUUUUAUAUGCUUGUCUUAAUGCAUAUAUGUAUUUUACCUUUAAAAGUUUGUGUGUUUUUAAAAAUAUUGCAUGUUUUCAGAAAAAAAUGACCAGACACCAAUGAAUACAAGUAGCCCAGGUGAUCCAGCCUCCUAAAAUGCCCCUA